GAUCAACGGAUCAACCUGCGGAGAAGUUGCGCGGUGCAGUGCCGAGUGCUCCCAUUUUAUUUCGGCGACAAUGGCGGCAGACCCCGAACCAUUUCAACAGCUUUUGAACACAUUUUUAAGCACCGACAACGACGUCCGCACUCAAGCUGAGGAGGCGUACAAGAACUUACCGGUUGAACAGAAAGUGACAUGCCUACUCAAUUCAAUAUGCAAUCCCCUUCUGACAGAGGAGAUACGAGCAUUGGCGGCUGUACUGCUCCGGAGAUUAUUUUCUUCAGAAUUUAUGGACUUUUAUCCAAAGAUUCCACCUGAGGCCCAAACAGAACUGAAGAAGCAAAUUCUGCUAUCAGUACAGAACGAACAAUCCGACACAAUCAGACGUAAAGUAUGUGAAGUUGCUGCUGAAGUCGCUAGGAAUUUAAUCGACGAUGAUGGCAAUAAUCAAUGGCCGGAGUUUCUCCAGUUCCUGUUUCAGUGUGCUAAUGGCCCAUUGCCAGCACUCAAAGAGAGUGCUCUUCGCAUAUUUACAUCUGUACCAGGAGUUUUUGGAAAUCAACAGGCUAAUUAUUUAGAUCUCAUCAAGCAAAUGCUGCAGCAGUCUGUCCUCGAUGCUGCCAACUACGACGUUCAAUUCCAAGCAGUUCGAGCAAUAGGAGCCUUCAUAAUUCUCCACGAGAAGGAGGCAGACAUCCAGAAACACUUUUCAGAGCUGCUGGGACCCCUCGUUCAAGUGACCGCCCAAUCAGUGGAAAAACAGGAUGACGAAGCACUGCUGAAGGGCCUCAUAGACUUGGCCGAAUUAACCCCGAAGUUUCUUCGACCCCAACUAGAAAAUAUAAUGGAAAUGUGUAUGAAGAUAUUCUCGAACGAGGAGAUGGGCGAUUCCUGGAAGCAAUUGGCCCUCGAGGUUCUCGUCACCCUCUCAGAGACUGCACCAGCAAUGGUGCGAAAGGUCGGUGGCAAGUACAUCGUUGCUCUCGUACCACUUGUUCUUAAAAUGAUGACUGAUCUUGAGGACGAUGAGGAGUGGAGUGUCUCUGAUGAAAUCAUUGAGGAGGAUAAUGACAGUAAUAAUGUGAUUGCUGAGAGUGCAUUGGACAGAUUGUCGUGUGGGCUUGGGGGGAAGACUAUGCUGCUACAAAUUGAACAAAAUAUUCCAAGCAUGCUGAGUAAUACUGAUUGGAAGUACAGGCACGCCGCACUCAUGGCCAUUUCCGCUGUUGGCGAGGGGUGCCAUAAACAGAUGGAAGCUAUUCUGCCACAGAUUAUGGAGGGCAUCGUUCAAUAUCUGCAAGAUCCUCACCCGAGAGUGCGAUAUGCAGCGUGCAACGCAGUGGGACAAAUGUCAACAGACUUUGCCCCGAUUUUUGAGAAAAAAUUCCAUGACAAAGUGAUACCCGGACUGCUCAUGGUGCUGGAUGACAAUGCAAAUCCUAGGGUGCAGGCUCACGCUGGGGCUGCUCUUGUUAAUUUCAGUGAGGACUGUCCGAAGAAUAUUCUGACGCCUUACUUGGACGCUAUUAUGGCUAAACUCGAAGGAAUUCUCACUGCUAAGUUCCAGGAGUUGGUUGAAAAAGGCACUAAAUUAGUUCUUGAACAGGUCGUUACUACCAUCGCCUCAGUAGCCGACACCUGUGAAGAGCAGUUUCUAACGUACUACGACAGGCUGAUGCCCUGUCUAAAGUACAUAAUCCAGAAUGCAAAUCAGCAGGAGCACAAGAUGCUCCGGGGCAAGACAAUCGAGUGUGUAAGUUUGAUUGGACUUGCUGUGGGGCCCGACAAGUUCAUCACUGAUGCGAGUGAGGUAAUGGACAUGCUGUUGACAACUCACGCAGAGGGUGACCUCCCAGACGACGAUCCCCAGAUCAGUUACCUCAUUUCUGCGUGGGCGCGUCUCUGUAAAAUCCUUGGGAAACAGUUUGAGCAAUAUUUGCCAGUUGUGAUGGGCCCGGUCCUCCGUGCAGCUGCGAUGAAGCCCGAAGUUGCUUUGUUGGACAACGAGGACAUGGAGGGAGUCGAGGGAGACGUAGACUGGCAGUUUGUUUCGCUCGGAGAGCAGCAGAACUUUGGGAUUAAAACUGCUGGGCUGGAGGACAAAGCCUCAGCCUGCGAAAUGCUGGUGUGCUAUGCACGAGAACUUAAGGAGGGAUUCGCUGAUUAUGCCGAGGAAGUGGUGAGGCUCAUGGUGCCGAUGCUGAAGUUUUAUUUUCACGAUGGCGUGAGGACUGCUGCGGCUGAGAGUUUGCCUUGUCUGCUCGAGUGUGCGAAAAUUAAAGGACCUCAAUACCUAGAAGGCAUGUGGGCCUACAUCUGCCCAGAGCUGUUGAAAGCCAUCGACACAGAGCCCGAAUCCGAGGUUCUCCUGGAGCUCCUCUACUCCCAAGCGAGAUGCAUCGAGACCCUCGGGGCGGGUUGCCUGAACGCCGCCCAGAUGGCGGAGCUCCUCCGGAUCCUGGACAAGCUCCUCAACGAGCACUUCGAGAGGGCAGUAGCCCGCCUAGAGAAGCGCAAGGACGAGGACUACGACGAAGUUGUGGAGGAGCAGUUGGCGGACGAGGACAACGAGGACAUCUACACCCUCAACAAGAUCGCGGACAUUCUCCACGCCCUCUUCGUCACCCACAAGGAGGCCUUCUUCCCCUUCUUCGAUCAGAUCUGCGGUCACUUUGUGAAGCUCCUGGCGCCAGAGAGAUCAUGGUCAGACCACCAGUGGGCACUCUGUGUCUUCGACGACGUGAUAGAGUACGGGGGGCCAGCCUGUGCCAAGUACCAAGAGUAUUUCCUCAGACCGAUGCUCCAGUACUUGACAGACAAGUCGGGGGAAGUGAGACAAGCAGCUGCCUAUGGCUGUGGAGUCCUCGGACAAUUCGCUGGUGAGGCAUUUGCCCCAGCGUGUGCCGAGGCCCUGCCCAGGCUCAUCGAAGUCAUCAACGAACCAGACUCGCGUGCCCCGGAGAAACUCAAUCCCACGGAAAAUGCCAUAUCAGCUGUUACGAAAAUUCUCAAGUACAAUAACAAAGCUAUUAAUGUCGAUGAGGUACUUCCCCACUGGCUGUCGUGGCUACCAGUCGUCGAGGAUGAGGAUGAAGCCCCUCAUGUUUAUGGGUAUCUGUGUGAUCUUAUCGAGGCCAAUCAUCCCAUUGUUCUAGGCCCAACUAAUGCUAAUUUACCGAAACUCAUUAGCUUCUUUGCUGAAGCAUUGUUCAGAGACGCUGUGCCAAGUGAUAAUCCAGUGAUUCACAGGAUUAUUGGGAUCGUCAGGCAGAUUCAGGGCAAUGAGUCCAUGUUUCAGGCAUGCAUUGCUGCUUUAAACAGUGAACAACAGCAGGCACUGCAUGAGGCACUCAGUACACAUCCAGCGAACUAGCGUUAUUAAGAAUUUUUAUUUUAUUAAGGAUAAUGUGGAUAUGAUUAAAUGGAGGAUUAUUCAUUUGGUGUUUAUUAUUGGGAUGAAGUUAAUCAUGAUAUUGAGGUUGAUUCGGGGGGAGAGGCGGAGUCGCUGGGGAUUGGGGGGCGUCGUCUGGGAGGACAUGUAUUGAAAAAUUUAAUGGGAAUAUGUGGGGCUUGAGGUGAGAAAAUUCUAUUCCAUUUCUUUCGGUUUUGGGGCAAUUCUGGUGGAGAUUUUUGGCUGAAAAAGUCAUAGACUUGACACAAAUAGAAAUUGGACAUCAAUUUUCGAGUUUUUUUAUUCAAUUUUUUUUAAGUCUAAAAAAUUGAGAGAAAACAGGGAAAAUUUGUAUAUUAAGGAAUUUUAUAGAAGAUGUCUCAAUAGACAUCUAACUGAAUUUUCUAACGAAUUCGCUAGGUAAAUCGAAGAAAAAAAAAGUGAAAAAUUAAUUCCUUGAAAUUAUAUAGAAGAAUUAACAUCCAUAGAAUUUUUUCUAUAAAAAGAAUAUCUAUUGAAAAACGCACGAUAAAUUUACAAAAUUUUCAGUAGAAUUGUCACAAAAAAAUGGAAUUUUUGGAUAGAUAUCUCACUAAAAUUCACUAAAAUUGAGAAUGAGUAAUUCGGAGAUUAAUGAUUGUCGUCAGUGAGGACUUGUGUUGAAAAAUUUAAUGAGAAAAUCUAGUGCUUGAGGUGAGAAAAUUCUAUUCGAUUUCUCUCGUUUUUUGGGGCAAUUCUGGUGGAGAUUUUUGGCUGAAAAAGUCUAUAGAUUUGACAAAAAUAGAAAUUGGACAUCAAUUUUCGAGUUUUUUUAUUCAAUUUUUUUUUAAGAUGAGGGAAAACAUUGAGAGAAAAUACAGGGAAAAUUUAUAUAUGAAGGAAUUUAUAGAAAAUGUCUCAAUAGAAAAAGUUGUAUAGAAAGAUGAAAUUUUAGUGAUUUUUAGCACUAAAAGAAAUCUAAUUGAAUUUUCUAGCGAAUUCGCUAGGUAAAUCGAACGUGAAAAAUUGAUUCCCUAAAAUUAUAUAGAAGAAUUAACAUCCAGAGACUUUUCCAUAAAAAAAUAUAGAAAAUAUUGAAAAUAUCUAUUGAAAAAUGCACGAUAAAUCUAGAAAAUUUUUCUAUA